GUAAAAAAACAAAAUGCUGGUCCUGGACCCGAGCAAGCCAUGGCCCAUCUGGCCCGGCGCCGUCCACGAACAAGGGUGACAGGGAUCAUUCGUCUCUUGUCAUCCUCGUCGCCCACGUCACCUGCGCGCAACCACUUUCAGACCUUUCCUUUUUCCCUCUCGCCAUUCUCUCUCUCUCGCUCGCUCUGGAGUCUGUCAAGGCCUCUCCCGUCCCCUCCCUUGUCGGUAAACCACGCCCCUCUCUCAAGGACCCAGGCAGCAAAAUUCCGCCCACCCCGUCUGCAACCACACACACCCACUUGCUCCCCGCUUGGCCCGCAACCUACACACUCUUCCCACACACCCACGAGUCCACGACACCCCCCUCCCCUUCCCAUCUCAAGUUCCCGCUGCAUUUUGGGUGGUGAACCGUGAGUCUGCCGCUGCUACAAACCGUAUGCCAUCCGCUGUCGCUCCUGCGCUGCACCUUGCAAAAAUCGUUGCUUCGCCCGGCCUUUCGCAAAGUGGAGGAGGCUGAGUUGACCCCAGUGGACCUGGACUGAUCCUGUCUAACAAAGCCCAAUUCGUCCCCCAAUCUCUCAUCUGCCUUUUAUUUCCUGCUUCUUCAACUUCUUCCCAUACCGGCGGGAUCUAGUAAGAGCUGGAGUUUCUGGGUGUUUGUGAAUGAGCAACACCGCAGAAUACCUUGACGCAUGUCGCUGCGUUCGUACCCCCGUCUUCAUCCGCGAACGGGGACAGGAAGACAUCACCAACACCCUUAAUAAGCCCACCACCGCCAAUCUGGGCCACGAACACCAUGCAACGAGUUUCGAGCUUUCUCCCAUCCUGGGAAGCCAGGAGGAGGACCAGCAACGCCAGCACCACAAGUAAUGGCCGAAGCAGUGUGGUCACCGCAAGCAGUAUCAAAUCUCCUCUCGACAAGGUCUUUCGCUGGUCCAGCAAGCCUCCUGCGCCGCUUACUACCAACGCCCUCGUCUCAGCGACAACGUCACGAAUUGGUCGGGAGGCUUUCUGGCCCGCAACCCUCGAUGCCGAAUGCGAGCGCGCCGCUCGCAUAUUAAAGUCAUUUUGCUCCGACGGGUUCCUCGCACCUUUGGACGACCAGCCGAGUAGCGAUCCCAACGCCGAACCAAAAACUCCAGCACGAAUUUUCAAGAAGAUUCCCUCCCGUAUCCUACAAAAUGCAGCAGGUAUCGCCAUUUUCACCUGCAUGCGAUCCGGCCUGUGGAUGACCGGAUCAGGCGGUUCAGGCAUCCUUAUUGCUCGAAAAGCUGACGGCACCUGGUCGCCACCUUCGGGCAUCCUACUCCAUACGCCUUCGCUAAGCUUUAUUAUGGGCAUUGACAUUUACGACUGUGUCCUGGUAAUCAACAACAUUGCCGCCCUCGAAUCAUUAAUAACUAAACCAACUCUGACUUUGGGAGAGGACAUCGGCCUCACUGCUGGACCGCUGGUUCCGCUGGAAUCUACAGAGGUCGACAGCCGGUGGAAGGACCUCGACAACACCGUCCUGACAUACAUGAAGGCGAGAGGCCAGACUCAGAACGUCAACUUGAACGGCUGCAUCCUGACGGAACGAGCCAACGAGAAUGAGAGAUUCUACGGUGGCAACGUAACGGCGAUGGACGUGGUUGCAGGCAAUGUGUCGAGGCACGUUGAGGAGACACGCCCUCUGUUCGAAGUCAUUAAGGAGGCGGAAGGAAGGAUCGAUGCCGACCAAGCCAUCCUCAAGAAGCUUUCGGCACUGCCAGCACCAGGAGACGCCAUGAUAGAAACGCCUAGGAGCUCGCCAGCAUCACCCAAGACUCCUUUCGGCAUCCCCAACACUGAGGACCCUGACCCUUUCGGUGUCUUGGCUUUGGAGAUGGCAGGACUAGAGAUUCGAGAGGCUGGCACACGCCUCCGACCAACGAGCAACCAGUUCGAAUUCCACCCUGUUCCCUCGAGCCCGGCAUUCUCAAAGUUCAGGCAGAGCGGCGAGACUUUUACGACAAAGAGUAACCGAGGGAGCCUGAUGUCUACCAAAACCAGCCGCACUAAGAUGUCCGAGGCUUGGACACAAUCAAACCAGACAGGAACGCCAUUCACCUCACCUAGCCAGAGCCAGAGCCAGAGCGAAGACGGCGCUUCCAUUAAUAGCCUUCCAGUUCUGAAGGAGCCAGAGGAAGAGGAGGAGCCUGAGGAGGUUGACUACACCAAGAUUGACUUGACUCCGUUGAGGCAAAUUAGCGGAAGCCACUCGAUUGAAGGAACCGUCAUGACUGACAGCGAUGACCACCUGCGCACCGAUGUCAGCACUAUGGAUGACGCCGCUACCAAGGCUUCCAGCAUCUACACAAAGGACGAUGCUAGCAUUAUCUCCAGAAACGACGACGAUAAGGAGGAUAUCCAGACGGAUGAGCCAAACGUCGAUGCUGAUGAUGAGGAGGAGGAUGAGGAAGAAGACGACGACUUCGAAGAGCCUGUUAUCUUCGAGGUUGCAGCUGUUCAGCCUGCUGCAGUCGUCAUGGCUGCCCCUAUUCACGCCAAGGGCGCUUUGGUCACCAUCCCCAAAAGAAUCCCUCCUCCUCUGCCUGCCAGAAGCCCCAUGAGAACCUCUCGGGCCAGCAAGAGCGACAUCGGAGACGUCAGCCAUCUUCACAGCCCCAUGCAGGCCUCUUUCACCCUCUCGCCGAGACAAUCCAUCGAUUCAGCCUCUAUCCGAAGCGGUAUGGACAAUAUUCCAUCGAUUCAAGAGACGGCCCCGGAUGUUUUCGAGGAUGAGAAGAAGACAACAGAUUCUGCUUUGACUGAGAAGUCACAAACAGAGGAUGUGUCUUCCCUUCAAACCCCUACAAUCCAGGAGCCUGAGCAGGCGACGCCCAUGGCACCUGGAGCCUUCCCGGAUGAGGAAGGUUUCAUGAAUCCCUUGGGUACAUCCCUGAGAGAAACUACAAGCUUUGAGUCGAGACACAUCACUCCCCAGGCAGUCAAUGUCGCAUGAUACCAUUCUUUUUUCUUUUUGUUUAUUUCUAGUCUUUUCAGCGACACAGGCGCCAUGGCACCUUUUGGGGGUCCUUCAGGUGUCACAUUCAUCACUCAAGAUGUGUACCAGGCGUUUGGGACAUUUUGGGACUGGAAUCCUCGGUUAAGGAUACCACACAGUUUAUAAAUAACGACCAACUUUAUGACAGGCAAAAGGCGUUUAUGGGUGUACAGAACAAAUAGGCCGGCAAAAGGAGGCACCAACAACACCAUACCAUGGGGAAGGCCAGACACAGGAGUGUACCUGAGGGUCAAUGAGGUCAAGAGAAUUGGAGACCGGAUUGUGUGUAGAUAUCGGGGCGAUGCUUUACAGCAAACAAGGUGCUGUGAAAGAAUUCAAUGGAGCUGGACUGCUAUAAAAGGGUGGCCCCUGGUCACCUAGGACAGAUAGCCUAGUCUUCGACUUAUUGCCUAAAGAUAAUGAUCAAUCAUUCAGACC